UUAGCCCUGAAAUAUCAUCCUGAUAAGAACAGGGAAGAUCCAACAGCUGCUGAUAAGUUUAAAGAUAUUAACCGUGCUCACAGUAUUCUAAGUGAUGAGACAAAAAGAAAUAUUUAUGACAGUUAUGGAUCACUUGGACUUUAUGUCGCUGAGCAUUUUGGAGAAAGUAACGUCAAUGCAUAUUUUGUUCUUUCAAGCAAAUGGUGUAAGGCACUUUGUGCAUUCUGUGCUAUAAUAACAGGGUGUUACUGCUGUUGUUGCUGUUUCUGUUGCUGCUUUAACUUCUGCUGUGGUAAAUGUAAACCUGAAAUACCUGAUGAAGAAGAAGAAUGUGACAAGGCUGAAAAUGGCUCUGAUGAAGAGGAACAAGGGUUAAAGUCUCAAGAUAAAUCAGAAAAUGCUUCAUCUUCAAAUGUGCCUGUCACAAGUCAACCAACUUCUUCUGAAAAGUCUGCUGCUAUACCACUACCACCACCUGAAAGUGCAGUUUCAGAGAAAACUAGUCUUAAUUCUACUCCUCAGCCUACAUAUGCCACAGGGCAAAGUCCUGCAGGAAGUGAUAGUUAGAAAAUUUUGUAACAUGUAGGACUAUUAAUUUUAUGUAAAGCUAAUAUUUUAUUAUCUAUUGUAAAUUUUCUUAAUUUCAUGAAUUUCUAUAAUACUAAAUUAGUCUUUUGAACAAUAUAUUUAUUUAAUUUUAUCCAUAUCAGAAUUGGAAAUUUCGUAUAAAUUAUUGGAUGUAUGUAUAUAGUAUGUAUGUAUAUUUCAAUUUUUUAAUUAACUCAUAAAUGUUUUGUGUUCCCUCAUGUUUUAUAUGCUUGUUACUUUAAAGUGAUGCUUGUAACUAUUAAAUGUUUUUAAUACCUUUCUAAAACACAUGAUGUUGUAUAAAGCGCAUGCUUGUUUUUAUGAAUAUUUUUUUUUCCCUUUACAUUAUUUCAUAGUUUAACAACUCCGGUCUGUAAGGGAAUCAUAAUAUCGGAUAGUAUUAAUUAGUGUUUUUGUCAUAUGUUUGAGAAAGAUUAAAUUGCUUUUAUAAAAAUAAAAUUUGAUUAAUCUGGUU